AUGGAUGUCCAUCAAGUGCCGGCAAUUGAUAUCGGACCUCUUAUGGCGCUAUCCACCGACACGGAAGUGAACAAAGUGCUACGUGAUGCUAACAAUACCUCUAUCCGUCACAUUGUAGAAAGCGUGCGAGCUGCUGCCAGUGAAUGGGGAUUCUUCUACAUUGCCAACCACGGCGUAUCGGAAGACGAGAUGGACAAGUUCCGAGACGUUAUGCGGUCGUUCUUCCGCUUGUCACCAGAGAUUAAAGAGAGUAUCUCAAGCUCUGUUUCCAACCCCCGGGGGUAUGUGAAGGGGGAGCUCACGAAGAACAAGGUGGACUGGAAAGAAUGUUUUGACUUUACUGGAGUCCAGGAAGACGAUCCACCUAGUAGCAGCAAUGAACGAGUAGGAGCCGAGCAGAACCAGUGGCUUGAUGAGACCGUUCUCCCUGGAUUUCGUGCAGAAAUGCAGGCUUACUAUGAGAAGAUGGGCUUUAUCUCGCGUCGCCUGAUGAAGCUGGUGGCUGUUGCAUUGGACAAGGAUCCGACGUUUUUUGACCGGUUCUUUGAGCGAACCCAUCCAAGUGCCAUGCGACUCAACCAUUACCCUGUAGCUCCAGAGCCCGACAAGACAAUGGGUGUCUACCACCACACAGACCCAGUCGCUCUGACGAUUUUGCUCCAGGAUGACGAAGUGGAUUCGCUUCAAGUACUGCAUCGCGCGUCAGGGACGUGGGUCAAUGUACCACCUCGUCGAGGCACGUACACGAUUAAUACCGGUGACUUGUUGCAAGUGUGGUCGAACGAUCAGUUUAUGGCACCGUUGCAUCGCGUGCUCGCGAGCGAGAAGGACGAUCGGUUCUCGGCUCCGUUCUUUUACCUCCCAGGAUACAAUGUGCAGGUGGAACCCAUCGUGAUGCAAGAAGACGACGUGCCGAACUAUCGUCCGUUCAGGUUUCUCGAGUAUAUCGUGGCGCGUGCAACUGGUAAUUACACCGACCUGGGCAAAGAGAAUCAGAUUGAUGAUUUCAGGAUCCACGGUCCUUUGGAUGUCGCGAACGCGUAG